AGUACCAGCUGGCAAGUAAGGCUUUAGGAGAGUAUGGAGGGUUGAGGAAAGACAUACCAUCUUGAGGCAGACUGGAAGAGUCAUCGCAGCAUCCCAAUUCUCCAGAAAAGAACCAUCCAACGGUCCCAAAUGAUUGCCUACUGUGGUACUGCAAAGAUGUCUGACGAUAUUGACUGGUUACACAGCCGCAGGGGUGUGUGUAAGGUAGAUCUUUACAGCCCAAAAGGACAACAAGAUCAGGACGAAAAGUGGGGUGAAUCAGAGGAGGGGCAGAGUGAGAGUGAUGUAAGUCAACUGGACAGGGAAGAGGAGCCUAUAUGCUUCGUGGAUGUGUCCACCUUGAAUGUGGAAGAUAAAGAUUCCAAGGGUGCUGCUGGUUCCAGAUCUGAAGGCGAAUUAAAUCUGGAGAAUCUGGAAGAAAAAGAGAUUAUUGUGAUCAAGGACACUGAAAAGCAAGACCAGUCUAAGACGGAGGGAUCUGUAUGUCUUUUCAAACAAGCUCCCUCUGACCCCAUAAGUGUCCUCAAUUGGCUACUCAACGAUCUCCAGAAGUAUGCCUUGGGUUUCCAACAUGCCUUAAGCCCCUCAGCCUCUAGCUGUAAACAUAAAGUGGGAGACCUAGAGGGUGACUAUCACAAAAUACCUUCUGAAAACUGCUACAGUGUGUACGCUGAUCAACUAAACAUGGAUUAUUUGAACAAAGGACCUCAAAGCCUACGCCUAGAAAUGGCAGCAUCCAAAAAUACCAACAAUAACCAAAGUCCCUCAAAUGCUGCAGCCAAAUCUCCCAGCAAUCAGAGGUCAGUUGCCACCCCGGAUGGAGAAUGCUCUAUGGAUGAUCUUUCCUUCUAUGUCAACCGAUUGUCUUCUCUGGUAAUUCAAAUGGCCCGAAAGGAAAUCAAGGACAAAUUGGAAGGCGGAAGCAAAUGCCUCCAUCAUUCAAUGUAUACAUCCACAGGAGAAAAGGGGAAAACCAGCCCCCGAAGUGCUGUCAGCAAGAUUGCUUCUGAGAUGGCCCAUGAAGCUGUAGAACUGACCUCAGCAGAAAUGCGCGGCAAUGGAGAAGAAUGCAGGGAUGGCAGGAAAACCUUUCUGUAUAGUGAAUUAUCUAACAAGAACAAGUGUGGAGAGAAGCAGAUGUGCCCAAAAGAUAGCAAAGAAUUUGCAGAUUCCAUCAGCAAGGGGCUUAUGGUUUAUGCAAAUCAGGUGGCAUCCGACAUGAUGGUCUCGGUUAUGAAAACUUUGAAAGUGCACAGCUGUGGCAAGCCAAUUCCAGCUUGUGUGGUCCUGAAGAGAGUACUAUUAAAGCACACCAAAGAAAUUGUGUCUGAUCUGAUUGAUUCAUGCAUGAAGAACUUGCAUAACAUAACAGGAGUCCUGAUGACAGACUCAGACUUUGUUUCUGCUGUCAAGAGAAAUCUUUUCAAUCACGGAAAACAAAAUGCAGCGGACAUCAUGGAGGCCAUGUUAAAACGUCUGGUCAGUGCUCUUCUUGGUGAGAAGAAAGAGACUAAGUCUCAGAGUCUGGCAUAUGCAACCUUGAAAGCCGGAACUCAUGAUCCGAAGAGCAAGAAUCAGAGCCUUGAAUUCUCAGCUAUGAAAGCUGAGAUGAAAGGAAAAGAUAAAUGCAAAGGGAAAACAGAUGCAUGCAGCAAGUCACUGACAAGUGCUGAGAAAGUCAGCGAACAUAUCCUCAAAGAGAGCCUCACUAUGUGGAACCAGAAGCAAGGAAACCAAGGCAGGGUGGCUAACAAAGUAUGUACCAGUAAAGAUGAGAAGAGAGAAAAGAUCAGUCCUUCCACAGAUUCACUGGCCAAAGAUCUGAUUGUCUCUGCCCUUAUGCUGAUUCAAUACCAUCUGACCCAACAAGCGAAGGGCAAAGAUGUAUGUGAAGAGGAGUGCCCUGGUUCCUCCAUGGGAUAUAUGUCCCAAAGUACACAAUACGAGAAGUGUGGAGGUGGCCAAAGUACUAAGUCACUCUCAAUGAAGCAUUUUGAAAGCUGUGGAGCUCCUGGACCAUCCACAUGUUCGAAGGAAAGUCAACUGGAUUCCCAGAAGCUGGAUAUGUCAAACAUGGUUCUGUCACUGAUUCAGAAACUUCUUAGCGAGAGCUCUUUCAGCUGUGAUGAGCUAUCUGAAGGUGAGAAUAAGCGUUGUGAUCCUAGAUCAAGCAAAGCAGUUUCCAUGCCCAAGAGACUUGAAGAGCAAUGCCCAGACAAUCCAGAGAUGGACUUCAUCAGUGGGAUGAAGCAAAUGAACCGCCAGUUUAUAGACCAACUGGUAGAAUCCGUGAUGAAACUGUGCCUGAUCAUGGCUAAGUACAGCAACAACGGAGCAGCCCUGGCCGAGCUGGAAGAACAAGCAGCUGGUGGCCCUAGAUGUGGCCGUGAAGGUGCAAUGUCACAGUAUCACGAUGCUCCUGGCCCUGAAGUUAUCGUCAACAAUCAGUGCUCUACAAGCAACUUGCAGAAGCAGCUGCAGGCUGUUCUGCAAUGGAUUGCAGCCUCUCAGUUUAACGUGCCCAUGCUCUACUUCAUGGGAGACGAUGACGGACAACUAGAGAAGCUCCCUGAAGUUUCAGCCAAGGCAGCAGAGAAAGGGUACAGUGUCGGAGAUCUUCUUCAGGAAGUCAUGAAGUUCGCCAAGGAGCGCCAACUGGAUGAAGCCGUGGGCAACAUGGCUAGAAAGCAACUGCUAGACUGGCUUCUCGUUAACCUGUAAGCUGAGAACUCCUUAGACUCCCCUCCAUCGUCCUCUCCCCGGCAGCAAUUCCACCCCAGCUGGGCCACCCUCACCGUCAGGCUGCGGAACUGUACAACUGUGAUCGCAUUUACCAAUACAUCUGAGCAGUUGCACUGUGACAAUACUGGGUGCCCUCCCUGGGCAACAUGAAUAAAAAAAAUUCAAAAACG